CCGCGGGCGGAGAUGUCCGCGCUCCUCUGCCUCGUGUUGUUCGUGUACUUCACAAGUAUGUCUACUGCCCAGACUACUGAUUGUCUGCACUUGAGGGAGCAAUGUAUAAAUGCUGCAAAUGGAUGUGAGAGUGUCUGGAAUAUUGCUGAAGAUAUCUGCAAUAUAUCAGGUAAUAGAUGCAAGGCAGAAGACACUAUUGGAUGUAACAAAAUCAUCCAGGUCCUGGCUGACAAAUACCCAGAAUUUAAAAACUGUAUCUGCACUACAGACGAUUUCUGUAGCAUCAAGACUUUGUUUGGCAAACAGUGCAGCAUUGAUAAAGAAUAUGUGUAAACUUCCUCAAGAUCAGGUAUGGAACUGAGUUUUAGGCAACACAGAAACCUCAAAGGCCAAAGCCACCCAGAAGUGUUAGGGAAUGACUGCAGUAUUGCAAAGCAACACUGAGGAAACCCUUACUGUUUUCUAGUGUCUAAGAGCUUCCAGAGAGUGUGCCAGGCAGACACAGCAAAAUGCAGGUUCCCGAUGGUCAACCAGGAAUGUUUGUCAGCAUGGAAAACACUGAGAAAAACAGUGCUGGGAGAGUGUAAGUGCUCAGAGCCACUUCAGAUGAGAUAUGUUAAGAUAUGGAAGGGAAUAUUUAACAACCCUUGUUUACGGUACUCCAAAAACAGCCAAGCUUCAGCAGUGAGUGAAAAGGAUGAUGGGGAUGAUGAUGAUGAUGAUGAUGAUGUUGAUGAUGAGAAAAAUCAGGACACUGGCACAGACACUAUUAGUAUGGAAGCAAAAUUACAAUGGAGUUUAUCUGCCCUCACCAAACAGGCAUACACAGCAGACAAAACCUGUUUGGAUGUGAACAAGGAGUGUGUUGAAGAUGCAGUAUGUAACAAACAGUUGUCCCUGUACCUUAAGGUUUGCUCAGUAAAUAAGAAGUGCAACAUGGAAGAAUGUCAAGCAGCCAUAAGGUUCUUCUAUCAAAACAUGCCUUUUGAAGUUGCCCAAAUUAUGACAUUUUGUGAUUGUCCCCAGCCUGAUGAAUCCUGCCACAGAGCCAAAGAAUUGCUCCAUGGCAAGCCCUGUGCAGUUUCUGCAGUUCCACCCCCAUCAUGCCUGAAUAUAAUCCACAUGUGUGAAGAGAAUGAAUUGUGCAGAAAAAAAUACAAAACUUUUCAUUCAAAGUGUUGGAGACAUGUGACAAAAAAAUGCUACAAUGAUGAAGCUUGUCUUGAAACCUUAACCAAGGGUGACCUGCCAUGUUCUGCAAACGCUGCUUGCAAAGCAGCCUACGUUGGCAGCUGGGGCACAACGCUGCGCAUGGAGUGCACCUGUCAGAAUCUACCCCCCGCGGAGCAGUCUUUGUGCAAGCUCUUCCAUCACAUGCUUCACAGCAAAUCCUGCUUCAGUGAGUUACGUCAGAUUUCCAUCAAGAAGAAAAAUUUACCUUGGGUAAACACAGAAAUGCCAGGAGAAAAGCUUUCCAGAGCACACCUCCAUUCUUCUUCAAUUAGUGGUGAAACAGUCUACAUUAUCGCCUAUUCCUCCUGCAUAGUUCUCAUCCUAGGAAUAGUCCUGCUGACUCUCCUAAAGAUCAGAGCCUGCAGAGCAAAACAUGAGGCAAGAAGUCCUUCGCCAGACCAUUCUUCUGAAACAUUUAUGGUCCAUUAUAAAAGUCACAGAUGAACU